AUGAGCGCGACAGCUCCAUCACCGAGGGUUGACAUUGCGCAUGAAACCUCGCACAGUUCCGAUGACGGAUUCGAAAUAGUAGAGCACGACCUCGAUGUUCUGAGCAUCCCGGGAUCGCAAGAUGGCACCCCCGUACCGACUAUAGCGGUGACAGAGGAAACCGAGCGCAACGGAGGAACGGACGAACCCAGGGAAAGCCGGCCUUGGUUAUUGGAUUAUGAUGAAUUCCAUGAUGCGAUAAAAGGCGGGGACUUAGAUGGCGUGAAGAAGAUGCUGGACGACGGUGCAAACGUCGAACGUGGAACAGACGAGGGAGAAUCACCACUGAUACUCGCAAUAUGGAAGCAACACAUCGCCAUAAUCACGCUAUUGCUAGAAAGAGGCGCGGAUGUGACCCGCCCGUUCGACGGCUUUCCUCCGGUCCAUCACGCCGUCAUGCAAAAAGAUCGAGCACCCCAAAUCAUCCACAUUCUCCUGGACCAUGGCGCCAGCUUGGAAGCUGUUGGGACAGGGGAUGCUAACGCGUUACAUUUCGCUGCAUCGAACGGCAUGAUACAUGGGGCUGACUUCCUGAUCGGUAAGGGAGUAGAGGUCAGUAAGACCUGCGCGGAUGAGAGGACGCCUUUGCUACUGGCUGCAAGGCAUGGACAUAUGGCAAUUGUCAAAUUACUUCUCGCCAAAGGAGCAGAUUUGCACGAAAGAAGUGAAAAUGGUUGCACCGUCCUGAUGUGGGCGGCGGAGUACGGACGGCAUGAAGUCGUUCGUUACUUGUUGGAGGCAGGCGCGAGGGUGGACGACCGUAGUGUGGAGGGUCUCACCGCCUUAUCACUCGCCAGCAUGAAUGGCCGAUUGGAAGCCGUACAACUAUUGAUCGAGAAUGGUGCAGACAUUAAUGCACUCAGUCUGGAUCCAGAAUCCUUUACCCCGGCAAUGUUUGCUGCAUUACAAGGACAUGCAGAAGUGCUACAGGUCCUGCUAUCGCACGGAGCAGAUUACAAACCAGAUUUCGAAGUCGAAUGGGCAGAUGGUGACACGAUCCUGGAUAUGACCAUGACGAAAGGCCAUCUCGCUACUGCCAAGAUCCUGUUAGAAGCCAUUGGUGGACCCGACUACCCAAAGGAUACUAUCGCACUCCAAAUGGCCACUGCGCAAUCCAAGGUAGAACUGAUACCAGUGAUGAAGGCCGUUUCUAUCAUGUACCAAGAAAUCGAUCCCCAUUCCACCGACGGGGAGAACCUGGGUUGGGUCAAAUGGGUCUUAGAUCAAGGCGGAGAGCUCGUCAGGCCAAAAGCCAUCUGCAAUAUGCUAUAUGCUGCACUAGCCAAGAGGGAUGUCGGUAUAACUGCAGAGCUACUCAGACUCGGAGCCGAUCCAAAUAUCUUCGGGUUCAUGGGUUACACACCACUCCACGUCGCAGUCGGCGGGCUGGCGUGCAACCUGGAACUCGUCGAAGUCCUUCUAGAAUUUGGUGCUGAUCCGGCUAAGCUCUCGCAAAAUCCCACCAUAGAAAAGAGGGUCACACCUCUACAUCGUGCCAUCUUGGGAUUCGAAAACGACCGUCCAGACAAGAUGCCUGUCGUCGAUCUUUUGCUCGCAAGUGGGCGAUGUAAGGUAAUGAAAGGACCGGACGCUCAGUCUUCUGCCUUUCUGAGUGUAGUAAGCGCGUUCGAUGGUGGGAGUGCUGACGUUGCCAAAAGCCUAGCGUUCCGGAUGCUGGAUUCCAUAUCUGAUGUGAACGACGACAAGGCUGACGAUGGGUCUACUGCGAUGCACGUUGCCGUCCAAUACAAUCAAAAAGAGCUCAUUGACGCACUAAGACGGAAAGGCGCCGACAUUAACGCGAAGAACAACGACGGCAUGUCACCUCUUCUUCUAGCGUGCGGCAUGAAUGCGGAGCUGGUCAACUUUCUGGUUACGCGCUGCGCAGACGUUUCUGCUGUCAACGAGAAGAACCAGGGAGCUUUGCAUAUUGCCGCUGCCUGUGGGCAAGUCGGAGUGCUCAGGUUUCUCCUUGACAUGAACCUAGCCGAUGAGGAGCCACUGAACAUCAACGCUGUAGACGAUGCAGGUCACACACCUUUGAUCGCUGCCAUAGUAGAAGGCCAUGAGCGUGCAGCUUUCUUCUUACGGGUACGACGUGCCUCUGUUCGACAACGUACGACCGACAAAGGACGACUUGCCUUGCAUUACGCAGCACAGGCAAGUAUGAACCGUAUUGUGGAAUCCAUCUUAGGAGUAUCCUGCAACGACAUCAUCAAUGUGGAAGAUCAUGGGGGAUACACACCCCUAGCACUCGCGUGCAUGGCAGAUACCCCCACCGUCGUUCCCACCUUGCUCUCCUACGGCGCAGACCCAAACGUCAUCUGCCAAAACACCGGCGACCGCCCUGUCCACAUCGCUCUCAAACGAACGCUACACAUGGAUCGCUGUGCAGACAGGGAAAGUAGUCCAUCACUCGACCUGCUCAAGCAUGCAGACACCGAUAUCACAGCUCGCGAUGGGAGCGGCCGCAAACCACUGCAUCUCGCAUCUUAG